CACGGUAAUUACCAUAUACAGUUAUUGAUUAAUCACUGUUGCCACUCAGAAGACAGAUAUGUAUGUUAUUUAAACUGCAUUUGUGUGUUGUGAACAUUAAUCACCGUUAUCCUGCGCAAAUGUUACGAUAUAUUGAAGCACUGUGAAAUAAACAAGCAUUCAAUGAAUGGUGUUAAACAGCAGAUAUGAUGAACGACAGUGCGAACUUAGAUAAUUCCAUGAAAGAUCUGGAGGAUGGGAUUGCAGAUACGAGUAUCAAGGAUCGCUCCAAUAGUGAAGUCGUAAACAACAAUGAAUCUACGGAGAUUAUGUUUGAAGGCAAUUGGGAAGAAGAUGAUCUUGUUGCUUUAUCAGGACAACCAGGGCAAAGUUUUCAAAGAUUGGAAACUGUGGAAAGAGAAUCCGAAUACGAACGAGCGAGAAAAAAAUUGACAGCGCAGUUUGGUGAUGCAGAGGACUCGGACAUAGAUGGGAUGCUUACUCCGGAGGAGCUUGCUACUCCUGAUGAUCUUGAUUCCUCCGUUGAUUCUCCACAACAAAACUCUGGUGUUGAUUUAGAGUGGGAUAAUGAUACACCUGUUGUGCAAAAAACUCCAAGUGAACCAACCACCCCAGAUGUUACUACCGCUCCUACUAACUGGAGGACCGUCAUGAUUGGUGAGAAAAAUUACAAACUUGAUAUGGGAGCAGUUACUCCUUACAGACAGAUUUUAUCUCAUGGUGGAUAUUAUGGAGAAGGUUUAAAUGCAAUUGUCGUGUUCUCUGCAUGUUAUUUACCAGAUACGCAGCAGACUGAUUACCGUUACAUUAUGGAUAAUUUGUUCCUUUACAUAGUAAGCACAUUGGAAAUGCUUGUAGCAGAGGAUUACAUGAUCAUAUUUUUUAACGGAGGAUGCAGGAGAAAAAAUCUACCACCAUUAAACUGGUUGAAGCGAUGUUAUCAAAUGAUCCAUAGACGACUCAGAAAAAAUCUCAAAUGUUUGGUAGUGGUGCACCCAUCGUGGUACAUACGGUUUCUAAUAGGCUUUUUCCGGCCGUUUAUCAGUUCCAAAUUCAGCAAGAAGUUAAAGCUGGUAUCCACGCUACAUAGGCUUGCAGAUGUGGUAACUCUCGACAAUGUAGUUAUUCCUGAUAUGGUUCAACAAUACGACUUGAAAAUAUCAAGUCCAAAAAAAGAGAGACCAAGCAAUGAUACUGUUGUGGUUAAUACUGAUGGCUCAACUGAGUGUGUUAAGACAUCCACUAGCAGUGAAGAGGGCUAGAAUAAAAAACAUCACAAUACAGUAUCAUAUUGCAAUAUUUCUUAUUAAGUUACACAAAUGUCUGAAUUGAUGGUGUAAGAACUCCUAAUUUAACAUUUUCAUUAUAUAAUAUUAACUGCCGAAUUACAACUAAAGUUGUUGCAAAAAUGAGAUUUUUUUCAGGUAUAUUCAUUUUUAACAUAUAUAUAAACUUUUUUAGUGAAAUUAAUGAAUUAUCCUGCAUAUAUACCUAGUUUUACUCCUUACACAUUUUAUUUACACAACUUCUCUCUUGUAUAACAGACUCAUACAAUACUUCAAAUAAAAUUCAAUAUAAAUGAAAUAUCACUGCUUAUGCAAACAUUACUAUUUAUUUAUUCCUUUACGUUUCCUACCUAUACUGGCAUCCUAAUAUAUUCAGCCUUAUUAUUUCCCCUUUGUAAAGUUUACUAUUUAAAAUAGAAACUUACAUAAAACACAUUAUUUAUAUAAUAUAUGUUUAUUCUUUUUUGCAACCUAAUUCUUUAACAGACAAACUCUCACAAAUGAAACUUUUACUGUUUAAUGUCACUGUUGACAAUAGAUUGUAGUGUUAUUAUUUAGUUUGUAUGUACUUUCAUGUAGACCGAAUAAUAAAAAGUUUAGACAUUUA